AUGCGGUCAACGACAAGUAAUUCGAUGCUCCUUUUGAUCUUGUUUUUCUCUAUAAUCCCUGGGGCAAUAGCCGAAUCCCUCUCCAAGUCAACAGACACCACAUCAAACCCUCCAACAGCAACCCUUUCAACAAGCAACAGAAGCUCAAAGACCAUCUUUGUAGGUCGCUCUCUUCCAGAGUUCAAUCAGGAUAUCUUCCUGGGCAUCAAAUAUGCCGACGAGCCAAUCCGUUUCACACCAGCCGAGAUCAAGAGUACCUACACAUCCAAGGAUAGUGAUUCUGGUACUUAUGACCUACCCAUAGCAGGACUCGGCACUACUUCCAAGUCAGUGUACUACAAUGCAACAGAGUAUGGUAAUGACUGUCCUGCAUAUGGAUCCGACACUGUCACCCUGGUCAACAAGGGUCUGAUCACUUUGAAUGAAGACUGCUUGAACUUGAAUAUAAUCCGACCUAAUGCCGAUGAGGAUCAAGGGUUGCUUCCAGUUAUGAUCUGGAUUUUUGGUGGUGGGUGGGCACAAGGUGCUACUGCAGACCCGAGAUAUAACAUGAGCUACAUUGUGGAACAGAGCGCAUUAAACGGCAAGCCAGUCAUGGGUGUUUCUAUCAACUACCGCCUGGCAGCAUUUGGAUUCCUUGACUCCGAGGAAGUAAGGGCCGAAGGAAACACGAAUUUAGCGCUGCGCGACCAGCGUACAGCUAUGCGCUGGGUGAAGAAGAAUAUUCAUGCGUUCGGUGGUGAUCCUGGCAAAAUCACUAUCUGGGGCGAGUCAGCUGGUGCAUAUAGUGUCGGAGCCCAUCUGGUGACCAACAAUGGCGAUAAUGAGGGUCUUUUUAGAGCUGCAAUCAUGGAUUCUGGAAACGCUGUCGGCCCACCAUACAAUGGAACUGAAUGGCAUCAGCCAAUGUACAACCGAAUCGUCGAGAGAGCUGGAUGCAUCAAUUCCACAAACACCCUACAAUGUCUCCGUGAACUGCCCUACGUAAAGUUUUAUAGCAUUGCGAACGAGGGUCUAGAAUGGUUUGCUACUGUCGAUGGCUCAUUCAUAGCGCAGUAUCCUCAGAUCAGCUACAGACAAGGAAAAUUGGCCCGGGUACCUAUCUUGAUAGGGACAAAUACCGACGAAGGCACCAGUUUCGGGACAACAGGCACAAACACCGAUGAGGACUGCAUUAAUGGAUUGACUACAUCCAAGCGCUGGGUCCUCAACCGUUCGCAAGCUACCCAGCUGCUAUCCUAUUACCCCAACAUCCCCGCCAUCGGUUGCCCCUAUGGCUGGGGUAAUAUCACCUGGCCCUCGCUGGGGCUCAUGUACAAGCGCUAUGGAUCUAUAGCCGGGGAUCUGACCAUGGUAGGACCACGGCGCAUGUUGGCACAACAUAUGGCCAAGUUGCACGACAAUGUAUAUUCAUACAGAUGGGAUGUGGCGGCGUUGAAUAGCUCGACAACGAUUGGAGUGCAACAUUUUGCAGAGAUCCCUUUCGUCUUUGCGAACCCAGUGCAGACUAUCACACCGCUCGGAGUCGACCCUGCGCGCUUGGAACUGGGACAAAUGGCGGCGCGGAUGUGGAUGUCAUUUGUGGCGGACUUGGACCCCAAUGGACACGCUGUGUCUGAUGUUGCCAAAUGGCCCAAGUAUUCGUCCCGCGCGACGAACUUUGUUUUCCGCUUACCUCGGCAUGAUAGUUAUAUCGAGACAGACACCUACCGUGCCGAUGGGAUUGAUUAUAUCAAUAGCAUCGCGCGGUGA